AAGUGGGGAGGGAAUAUGCCAAGCUGGCAGCAGAGAUGUACCCUAGAUAGAGGGAGACACCAGGCUCGUGUAGCCAGGAAUGGAUGCCAGCCCAGCCAAGGGGGUCCUUCUGCCAUGGCCAGCCUGACACGGUACCCUCUGCCCUCUUGGGGAAGAAGAGAAACCAAAGACUGGAAGAUAAGAAGGAAUAAGUUGCAGAAUGGGUUACAAGCAGAAGGCAGAGGGACUCAGAAUUGAAGAAGCUGCCUUUUUACUGACUUUGGGGACAGCUGUCAGGGUGGGAGAUAGGACCUAGGCCUCAGGCAAUGCCUGCCAGGCUAGACAUAAGGGAUGCUGUGGCAUCUCCCCACCCCACCCCCAACUGCCUUCCUCACAAUGGGGUUCAUUGCUGAGGCGGUAGGGGCAUUAUAGAGGGCUGUAGUAGGGGGCCUGCCUGCCAGAAACCCUUGGGGAGCCUGCCCUUUCAAGCAUGAGCCACACCACCUGGGCUCCCCCACUCCCAGUGUGCUCUUAGCUCUGCGUGCCUGGCGUAGGGUCCUGGAGAACUUCUUGGAGCUCAUCCAGCAACCAUCAUGCAAGGUGGUGCUGGGGGCCGCCCUUAUACUAGGAGGUGGAGGCCUCAUGCUGUGGGUUCAGAGAAAGAGAAGGAAGGCAAUCCUUCAAACUGCAAAAAAUAAGGGUGAGUCACCGGAAUGCCACAAAGCGGAGAAUGAGAACUGGAUCAAAUCUCACUUUAGCCGCCUUUCCGAAGAGAAGCUGGUCCCCAAUGGUGCCAGCACCAGCCACAACCCUCCCCAGCCCGAAAGUGGGGGCGGAGAGGCCAGCACCACCGUUCACAUGGAGACCGUCACCACCAGGCAAGGAGAAGUGGGCACUGCUCUGCGCCGGGAAUCUUUCACCAGCAAGCAAAAGGUCCCUGGGUCCACGGUGAUCAAAGAGACCCACAAGGAGUCUGGAAAAUCCUCGUCCUCAGAUGAGGCCACGUGGGCUGCCGUGGCUGCCUGCACCAAGGAGAUCGACACCAAGGGACGGCAACUGGCUAACUCCAUGUUGCAGCGGGCCACGGCUUGCAAGAAGUCAGGCCACCUGCAGUCCAGGGACAUCAACCAGGAGGAGUUGAAGGCCCUCGAGGAGGUGGAGAUGAAGCUGAAAGGGAGUUUCCUCAACAAGCGGGAAAACACCAUAGCUGGUGCCAACCACAUACACACUUUCUAUGGCCACGGUCACCAUGGCCACCAGAGCCACCAGGGUCACUAUGGCCACCAGAGUCACCAGGGUCACCCAGGCCAACCGAGCCACCAGGGUCACCCAGGCCAACCGAGCCACCAGGGUCAUCCAGGCCAGCCGAGCCAACAGUGUCAUCCUGGCCAAUCGAGCCACCAGGGUCACCCAGUUUACCUGAGCCACCAGGGUCACCCAAGCCACUCCAGCCACCAGAGGCACAGCCUGCCCAACCGCAGCCACCUAUGACUCCUUUGAAGCCACCUAACCAUGGAUGGAGAUGCCCCUUCCCCCAGCAGGGCUGGCCCCGUACACAGGCCUGUUUCUCUCCUAUGUGGCAAUCUAUGUGGCCCAGGGUGAGAUGCUGCUGCCGAAGCCCCUUCACCCUCAGGCCCCCCAUGGGGAUGAUGGCCCCUUGGACUCCACGAGUGGCGUCUGUCACAGAGGAUGGCCCCUGGUGGAAGGAGGGCUGGGAGGAAGCAAAGCAGCUGACACACCCCCUGAGGCCCCUGAGGCCCCACUGAGAGAAGACAGACGAGGCAGACCCCAGGAGCAGCCGAGAGGCCCGCACUGACGCUGAUGCCUGCGGCGGAGCCAAUAAAGCCUUGCGUGCCCCUCA